GGCCAGGCCAGGAUGAACUGUGACCGCGUCUUCAACGUCUUCUGCCUCUACGGCAACGUCGAGAAGGUGAAGUUCAUGAAGAGCAAGCCGGGCGCUGCCAUGGUGGAGAUGGCCGAUGGCUACGCCGUGGACAGAGCCAUCACCCACCUCAACAACAACUUCAUGUUCGGCCAGAAGCUCAACGUCUGUGUCUCCAAGCAGCACGCCAUCAUGCCCGGGCAGUCCUACGGCCUCGAGGACGGCUCGUGCAGCUACAAGGAUUUCAGCGGCUCCCGCAACAAUCGCUUCUCCACGCCCGAGCAGGCGGCCAAGAACCGCAUCCAGCACCCCAGCAAUGUGCUGCACUUCUUCAACGCGCCGCUGGACGUCACCGAGGACAACUUCUACGAGAUCUGCGACGAGCUGGGGGUCAAGCGCCCGUCCUCGGUCAAGGUGUUCUCAGGCAAGAGCGAGCGCAGCUCCUCGGGGCUGCUCGAGUGGGACUCCAAGAGCGACGCCCUGGAGACCCUCGGCUUCCUCAACCACUUCCAGAUGAAGAACCCCAAUGGGCCCUACCCCUACACGCUCAAGCUCUGCUUCUCCACGGCCCAGCACGCGUCCUAAGGGGACCCCGCGACCCCCUCGGAUCCUUCUCCCCUCCCCCACCCCGCAUCCUCCCUUUUUAUAAGCCUGAGGGGCAGCAGAGACCUCCCCUCCCCCCUCCGUUCCCACCCCUCCCCCCGUUUUUAAGGAGAAGGGGUCGGACCCGACCCAGGCCCCCCGAGACCACUCCCACAAUAAAGUUGUUUGG